AUGGGUGAAAAAGAAAACGCUGCACAAAUAAUACAGGUCAGAUCGAUCGACAUCUGUGUCCAAAGCCCUCUGUUAUUGCGGAGCGAUUCAGAUUCCACAAACGAGAACAACGAUCAAGUGAAAGUGUGUUGUCAUAUGUGGCGGAACUCAGAAAACUGUCCAUACAUUGCAAUUUUGGAGAGACUCAAUGACACUAUACGAGACCGGUUUGUGUGUGGUAUUAACAGCGAAUCUGUCCAAAAAAAAUUACUUGCUGAGCCAGCACUAACACUAGAUUCUGCAGUGAAAAUUGCGCAUGCAAUGGAAACCGCAGGACGAGAUGCGACAGAGCUUCGAGAGCAAAGAAACACCGGUACAGUUCACAAGGUAAAUCUUAAUGGUAGGCCUAGCCAGAAAUCAAAAUCUCGAUUCUCGACAAAACCUCAGGCACAGAAGAUGAUGCCAGCCCCAGCACAACGUGCACACAAGGACUGCUGGAGAUGCGGAGGGGAACACAGCAUCAUGAACUGUAAACAUAUAAACAGUAUUUGUCGUUACUGUUCGAAGAAAGGUCACAUAGAGAGAGCAUGUUUAAAGAAAAAGAAGGACACGGAGAGAAGGACUGGGAAAAAGGUGAACUUCCUAAAUGACAAUGACGAGCAUGAUGAACAUCAGUUUGAACCUAUGUUACAUGUGCAUACUGUAAACAAUAAGAACAAAGUUGACCCAAUUAUCCUAAAGCUGAGGAUCAAAGGUCAACCUAUUAACAUGGAGCUAGAUACUGGAUCGUCUGUAUCUAUCAUACCCGAGACGUUCUAUCAACAAUAUCUCAGUGACGUACCACUUCAGGGGACCAAAAUAAAACUCGAGACUUUUACGGGUGAGAAUAUUAGUCCUCUAGGAACAGUGCAUGUACCAGUGACGUUGAAUCGGCAACAGGGAAACAUGGAUCUAGUAGUAGUGAGACAAAAAGGACCCGCACUCUUUGGUCCUGAUGGACUAUCACAGUCUAAAGUGAACUGGCAUGAAGUGAAAGUGUUAAAGCUACAACAGACUACACAGAAAACUGACACUAUGUUAAAGGAAAUUCUCAACAAACAUCAAGCCAUUUUCAGAUCCGAGAUUGGAAAACUGGAAGGAAUUACAGCUUCAUUGUACCUGGAAGAUAGUGCUCAACCAAAAUUCUAUAAGGCUAGACCCGUACCUUAUUCCCUAAAGCCAAAAGUCGAGGAAGAACUUAAACGCUUGGAAAAAGAGGGCAUAAUCAAGUCAGUUACUCACAGUAAAAUGGCCUCACCUGUUGUUCCUGUAGUGAAGAAAAAUGGUCAAGUACGUCUGUGUGGAGACUACAAGGUAACCAUCAAUCCAGUGAUGAAGGUGGACCAGUAUCCGUUACCUCGAAUUCAGGAUAUAUUUGCAUCACUAGCAGGAGGAAGAAAGUUUUCUAAGAUAGACUUGACACAAGGCUACAACCAGAUGCAAGUAGAUGAGUCGUCCAGAGAACUAAUGACAAUCAAUACACACAUGGGCUUAUUCCAGUACACACGUCUACAGUUUGGUGUUGCUGCUGCCCCAGCUAUAUGGCAACGUGCCAUGGACCAAGUGUUACAAGGGAUACCGUUCACAUCAUGUGUCUUAGAUGACAUGAUCAUAACCGGGACAACCCUAAUGAUAUCAGAGGAAAGACUGAAGAAGUCACCAGACAAGGUCAACGCUGUACUUAAUGCGCCUAGACCAGAGAACUUACAGCAACGCCGAUCAUUCUUAGUUAAUUACUACCGUUCAUUCUUACCAAACCUGUCAACAGUCCUGGGUCCACUGAAUAAACUUCUGCAGGGAGAUAAAACAUGGAAAUGGAAAAAACAGUCUGAGCAGGCCUUCACAGAAGUUAAGGAAAUGAUGACGUCAGAACAAGAUCUCUGUCAUUAUGACCCAAACAAGCCAGUCAAGCUAGCCUGCGAUGUUUCUCCGUAUGGAAUUGGUAGUGUUCUUUCCCAUGUAAUGGAUGAUGGAACUGAACGACCAAUAGCGCUUGCUUCCAGAUCACUUACCAAGGCUGAAAAAGCAUACUCUCAAAUUGACAAGGAAGCCUUAGCUUUGUAUUGGGGAGUAGUUAAAUUUCAUACUUACCUGUAUGGACGUCGUUUCACAUUAGUCACAGACCACAAGCCGUUGGUUAGCAUCCUGAACCCUAGUGCUGGAAUACCUGCCAUGACAGGUGCACGACUGCAGAGGUAUGCGCUAUAUCUGGCUGGACAUACUUACGACAUAGAAUACAGAAACACCAAAUAUUAUUGUAAUGCUGAUGGACUUAGCAGACUACCACUUUCAGUGACAGCAUCAGAUUAUGAAGACACAGCAACAGUAUUUUACAAUACUCAAAUGGAUCAACUACCUGUUACUAGUGCACAAGACAAGCUUGGAACUCAAAAAGAUAAUGUCUUAUCACAUAUAUUGGACUGUGUUUCCAAGGGACACAAUGACUUACCUGCAGAUGACGAGAGAUUUCGUCUUUACAGUAACAGAUUUAAGGAACUUACCUGUCACCAGAAUUGCUUGAUGUGGGGAAAUCGUGUUGUUGUACCAGAAAAACUAAGAGACAGAGUUUUACAAGAUUUACAUGAGGGUCACAUUGGGAUCGUCAAAAUGAAGUCUAUCGCAAGAUCAUAUGUGUGGUGGCCGAAAAUUGAUCAAGAUAUCGAAAACUUGUGUUCCAGUUGCAGUGGUUGCCAGCACCAUAGUAACAUGCCAAACGCUGCUCCCGUGCAUCCCUGGGAUUGGCCGAAGGAACCCUGGGACCGCCUACACAUAGACUUUGCCAGGCCAUUCAUGAACUCUAGUUCUUACUCAUCGUAG